AUCAGUGGAAAGUAAAAGCGGAGGCGCCCAGUACAUCCGCUUCCCGAUAGCCCGGGAGUUCUGCGCAUGUCCAGUAGUGAGCUACCGCUGUCAGCCUGAAGGAAGUAGUGAAGGAGCUAGAGAUCCCGUCAGUCCUGGCUAAGGGCGAGGAAGGCCCUGUUACUAGGACUUUAGCUAGACUCUUAAUGAGUGUUCCCUCGGUGGUUCUAAUCCGAGCUCCUCCGCCCUAUAAGGAAGCUCCAGCUCCUGGGAGGCCAGAGACGCAGGGUGUCGCACCCUUGCUCGUCUGCAAGAAGCACCUGUGUUCCAGCCCUAUUCCUGGGACCUUGCGACCCCAGCCGGGUGGCGGCGGGCAGAGGGCGCUGCGGAGCAUGGCCGGAGAGCGACCCGGGGCUUGGUUCGGCUUCGGUUUCUGUGGCUUCGGGCAGGCGCUGGGCUCCAGGCGAGGACGCCAGGUGCGCAGUCCUGAGCCGCUGCGGGCGGGCGUCGACGUUUGUCGAGUUAGCGCGAGCUGGAGCUACACAGCCUUCGUGACCCGUGCAGGUCGCUUGGAGCUGUCUGGCUCCACUAAUGGAGCGGCAGACGACUGCAGGGAUGCUUGGGCCUCGGAAGGACUCCUCGUGGUGAUUCGCACCGGGACGGAGUCUGGGACUGAACUGCAGGCGUGGACGCCGGGCUCGGCGCUGCGUGGGGCGCCCCUUUGGACCCAGAAGCUGGCGCCUGAGGCUGAGGUGGAAGACCAAGCACGAGAUGAGUCUGGAGCUGGCUCGCUGCCCCUGCUGCCUGGCGCCUGCGCCUACGUGAGUCCGCAGCCACCCUUUAGCCGGACUCUGGUCCCGGAGCUGCGGGCACGCCGGCUAGAGCUGGGCGCGGAACACGUGUUGUUGCUGUGCGCUGCUGGCCAGGUGUUCUCCUGGGGCGGGGGCAGGCACGGACAGCUGGGCCACGGGACGCUGGAGGCAGAGUUGGAACCAAGGCUUUUGGAGGCGUUGCAGGGCUUACCCAUGGCCGAGGUGGCGGCUGGCGGCUGGCAUUCUGUGUGUGUGAGUGAAACAGGGGAUAUUUAUAUCUGGGGCUGGAAUGAAUCGGGGCAACUGGCCCUGCCUGCAAGGAACCUGGCAGAGGAUAAGAAGAUUUUUACAGAGGAAGGUCUGAAUGAAGAUGGUUCUGAAGUGAAUAGACUAUCUGGGGCUGAGGAUGGAGCCCCUGCUCCCUUCAUAUCUGUACAGCCCUUCCCAGCUCUAUUGGAUCUUCCCCUGGGCUCAGAUGUAGUCAAAGCCAGCUGUGGAUCCCGGCACACUGCUGUAGUGACAAGAACAGGAGAGCUGUACACCUGGGGCUGGGGUAAAUAUGGACAGCUUGGCCACAAGGAUAGCACCAGCGUGGAUCAGCCCUGCCUUGUGGAAUACUUUGUAGAGAAACAGCUCCAAGUGAAGACAGUCACCUGUGGGCCAUGGAACACCUAUGUGUAUGCUGUGGAAAAAGAGAAGACCUGACAUGUGUUUCUACCAGUUUUAGCUUUGUCUGUCUUGAAGCUGCUUUUAAAAUACAGACACAUUUAGAAGUGGAACAUCACUGAAAGUGGCAAAGUAAGAAAACUCUGGGUUCAUCUCCCACAAAACCAACUAAUAAAUUGUAUGGUCUUUUUCAAAGAA